CUUCCUGUAAAGUGAGCAAAGAAGAAGGAAGGGCUCAGAACAGUUACAAGUUCGCAAGUAAGAAGCAAAGAUCAGACUGAGAGAACCCAGAGUUAAGGCUCUUAAGGUUCCUGAGAGCUCAGCUGGAAGUGACUGGGUGACAAGGCACACAGGCUCAGCCGUGGGAGCUCCAUCAUGAUUCCACAAGUAGUGACCAAUGAGACUGUCACAGUGACUUCACCAAAUGGAAUCAGCUUUCCACAAACAGACAAACCUCAGCCUACCCAACAGAAGAAAGACAGCCUGAAGAAACAUCUAACGGCAGAGAUCAAAGUGUUGGCGGCAAUCCAGAUCAUGUGUGCAGUGACAGUGCUGGGUCUGGGAAUCAUAUUGGCAUCUGUUCCCUCUGUCCCACAUUUUACCUCAGUGUUUUCAGUCCUCUUAAAAUCUGGCUACCCAUUUAUAGGAGCUUUGUUUUUUAUUGUCUCUGGCAUUUUGUCCAUCAUUACGGAGAGAAAGUCAACAAAACCUUUGGUAGAUGGCAGCCUGACUCUGAACAUCCUGAGUGUUUCAUUUGCUUUCAUGGGCAUCAUUAUCAUCUCUGUCAGCCUGGCUGGUUUGCAUCCUGCCUCAGAGGAGUGCAAGCAGAAGGAAGAUCUUAGAAGAAGUGACCAUUAUUACUAUUCCUCUUACUACAACUCAAUCUGGAAUGAGUGCACCAUCACCAAAUCUGCUCUGGCUGGAGUUCUUUCUGUGAUGCUGAUCAGCAGUGUGUUGGAGCUUGGUCUGGCUUUGCUGUCUGCCAUGCUGUGGUCAAAAGAGGGUGCUGGAACUUCCCUUGGAAUGUGAUUUUCCUGCCUCAUAGCUCAAAUAAUGAAUCCAACGUGGAAUCAAAGGCGCUUUGUAACCCUGCAUAUGAGGAACGAUUGGUUUGUUAAGAAAAACAAAACAAAAUAAAACAAAACACCCCAAAACAAGUGGGGAACUAUACAGCAGACAUUAUGUCUUCAUGAUAAUGCAGAAAAUCCAACCAUCACAAGGUAGCAAUGCUUGCUACUUAAAAUGUAGACUUUAUACAGUGAAUACCAGUAUGAAUUGAAUGGGUGUGUUUGUGACACCCUAUUGAUUUUCAUGACUUUGGCUUCAUCCAGAGGUCAGACCUACAACUAGUGGCCAGAGUCCCAGAUAUUUCUCAGAAAACAACAGGAAUGUUUCAGGGCAUUGUGGUAGAGUAAAGGGACAUUUUCUUGUCCCAUGCAAUUAACAACAGUUAACCAUUAACAGUCUUUGUAUUCAGAAUCCCUGUGAUGGCAUGGGUCAUGUUCAUCAUAUCAGUUUUACUCACUAGUGCAUAGAAACAUGUGACCUGUAAUAAAGUCUCAAGGAGUAUUCAUGUUCUUGGUUGAAAAUAAAGUCUUUUCUGAUUGUG